UACAAGUAUCAGUAACUCGUUUAUCAUUGUUAAUAUGCAGUAAUAUCGGCUUGAAAAAGCUGUAGACAAAGGUGCUGCAAAUCAGCUGAGUCUUUCCAAUUCCUGGCUUAAGCUUAGAGACUAGUCACAAAGCACGCUGCUCUGAAACCAUCAGGAAUGCACCUCUUCCCUUCUAACCCUGAAGAGGGUUUCUGAGCAGUUUCUUCUCCCCAAAUGGCAUGAAAAAGAAGGAAAAAGGGUUAAGACUUGGGUUCAGUAUUAAGGUUUGGGAUAGGAACACAGAACUUCAAAGUAGUUGAAGUAGAUCUUGUGAUGCGGUCAUAAAAUCUAAUAGCAAUUUAACCCAUAUUCUUAUUCAAACAUUGAUAUGUGUGUUCACUGUAAUGAUAAACUCUUAACUAAAUUCUAGCUGGUUGUUAUAUUCAGACGUUAAAGUUCAAAAUUCCAAAAAAAUGACAAUACCAUUUUAGCGAACUGCAAGAGAAUGCAAACAGGAAGUAAACAAAACACAUUCCUGAUUACUUUCUGAGGUAAUCCAGUUGUGUUCAACAGAGUUUUAAAACUUCUAGUUCUCCCUGCCAGGAUUUGUUGCCAUCAUAGGUAUGGUGUGGGUGGAAAAGCCAAACCAGAAAUGAGCGGGUCUAACUGUAAGCUACUUUGCAUAUUGUCAGUUCACUAUAAAUUACAGUAAUCACUGACUCAGUGGAACAAGCUACAUAAUUCAGGUAAGAGACUUGCAUAUUGCUGUAUCUAGCAAUAGGUCUUCACUGAAUAUCCGUGUUUCUGUAAAUCACUUCUAUCAGCUAUUCAGUUUCAAUGCUUCCCUAGCUUUUUAAUGACUUGUGUCUAGUAUGACCUAUUAUUUGAUUACAUGUGAUGUAUGAAAAAUGGAAAAUAUUAACUACUUUUCUUUAAUAUCAUUCAGAUAUUAUUCAUCAGUUUUAAAAUAGCACGCCUUGUUUCCUUGGAUUUUACUUUCAUCUGAAGAUUGGUGAGUCUGUAGUCACAGGAAGACAAUUCUAGCACUUGAAUUUUGCACUUUGUACAGACAGUAAGGUGGCAGAUUUUGUGGAAUGCUGUUGUGCUGCAGAAGUGUGAGUGGUAAGCAACCAAUGCUGCAAGUAUUGCUUUUUGAGGGGGUUUUGGUUUUUUUGCUAUAUAAAAACACCUUUGCUAUAAAGGUUUUUUUUUGCUAUAUAGCAGACUUUAUUCUGUGGUAAUGUGUUUACGUUAUGUUACAGUAGAAAAAAAGAAUAACCCAACAUGUAAUAUUAGCGAAGGGAAAGAUGACUGUCUACUAUUUUCUUUUUAUAAUGAGUAUAUGUGUUCACCUCUGAUCUUUCUGUAUGCAUAGUAAUUUAUAAUGAAUGUGUGUUCAUGCUACUGGCCUACAGAAGCAUCUGUUUUUAAGAUGUAUGUGACUCUUGUAUAACCACAUGCUAUAAAUGAAUACGCAACUCACAGGAUUUCUGUAUUGAGAUCCAUUGCACUAGAGAAAUGGAUGACACUGAAUACAGACGUAUUUUGAUGGAAUAUGGUAUGAGGAUAGGCCAACACUGAGUGACAAUUCUUUCCCUAUUAAAACUGGCAGGUGUGAAAUUCUCAGAAGGCUUGUUAAAAUCUCUCUGUGUCAUUGUGAAGGAUUAAGGGAAUCCCGUUUAUGUUGUGGAGCUCUGGUCUGAACAUUUGAAGCUUUGUUCAGGUUCUUGUAAACUGCCGAACCUGAUGGAUGGCAAAAGCUACUGUAACUUCAUGGACAAGUUGUCCAUCUGUAGUGACACUCAGCGCAUACAGCUGAUGAGGUCUUUCUGUGCAGACCCCGUGGUUACAUUUCAUGUGUACCCAGAAACAGCAAACCAGGUCACUUGCUCUGAAGAUUUGUCAUUCCUUCCUUUCAUGCCGGAGCAUCUCAUCACGGAGAGCUUCUACAGCGAGUCCUGCACCUUUCCCUAUCAACUUCCCCAUGCCAGUUACAGCAGAAGUGAGUACUCCUACGGGCCAGCUUUCAUCAGAAAGAGGAAUGAAAGGGAAAGGCAGAGAGUUAAAUGUGUCAAUGAAGGAUAUGCCAAACUGAGGCAUCAUCUACCUGAGGAAUACUUAGAGAAACGACUCAGUAAAGUAGAGACACUCCGCGCUGCGAUAAAAUACAUUAGCCACCUACAGUCUGUUCUGUACAGUGAAUCUGCGGUGCCAGAAAAAAGGAUCAUGGAACCAAGCCAAGCACCCAAAGCAACUAACAAACAAAACCAGUUUUUGAAGACUGUCUAAACUCUUCCAAA